AGGCGCAUGCGCACGGUGACCAACUACUUCCUGGUGAACUUGAGCGUGGCAGAUCUCCUGAUGGCCAUUCUCAACUGCGCCUUCAACUUUGCCUUCAUGCUCAACUCGGACUGGCCUUUCGGCGAGGCCUACUGCUCAGCCAAUAACUUCGUGGCCAACGUGACCGUCGCUUCCAGCGCCUUCACGCUCGCUGCAAUAUCGCUUGACAGGUACAUGGCGAUCGUGCGGCCACUGCAGCACCGCAUGACCCGCCGGAGGGCGUUGCUGGCGUUGCUGGCUGUGUGGGCAGCCAGCGCCCUGCUGGCGACACCCUGCCUCAUCUUCUCCACCACUAACGUCCACACGUACGCAGGUGGCGAGCAGUCGCGGUCGUGCUACAUGGAGUGGCCAGACGGACACUACCCAAAAUCUCUCAGCGAUUAUGUGUACAACGUGGUGUUCCUGUGCGUGACAUAUCUGCUUCCGGUGACGUCGAUGGCUGUUUGCUACGGGCUGAUGGGCAGGCAGCUGUGGGGCGACCGCGCCAUUGGCGAGAACACCGAGCGUCAACAGGAAGCCAUCCGCUCCAAGAGGAAGGUGGUACGCAUGCUGGUCCUGGUGGUGGCCAUCUUCGCGAGCUGCUGGCUGCCGUACCACGCCUACUUCGUAUACGCAUACCAUGACCCGGCGCUGGCGACCAGCUCGUACGUGCAACACCUCUACCUCGGUUUCUACUGGCUCGCCAUGGCCAACGCCAUGGUAAACCCUGCCAUCUACUACUGGAUGAAUAACAGGUUCCGUCUGUACUUCCAGCGGGUGCUGUGUAGUUUGUGCUGCUGUGUGUCGAAGCGGAAGCAGCGGGAUGCGGGUAUGGGCAUGGCUUACUUCCGCAACCAGCCGAACAACAGAUCCCAGGGCGGGAGGACGCAGCUCAGGACAAGUGAGUACUUCACACAGCAACAACAAUUUUCAUGGUAUGUCACAUAA